GGCACGGGGAGCGCAGCCCGGGCGGGGACCUUGGGGUGACAGCGCAACUUUGGGGCGCCGAGAGCUGGCGAGGGGAGGGCGGCGAUUGCUCUGCGGGGGACGCGCCUCGCUCCUUGCCUGUCGCCUUCCCUCCGGAAGAACAUCCCGGGCCGGAAAAAAAAUCCAUCGGGAAAACGCACCUGGCUCGGGUUGGGCCCCGGCGGCGAGCGGUGAGUGGCGGGUGCGGGAUCCGCAUCCUCCCGCAGCCGCUCCCGGGGAUCGAUCUCCAUCGGGAAGAGCAGGGAAAGUGCUGAAUCAUUGGGAUCCCGGCUCUCCACGGCCGCGAGAAGCUCGGGAAUGGGCUGAGGAUCCCUCUGCACGUGCCACCACCCCAGGGGACACCCCAAAGUCACCCCAAGGGACAUCCCAAGGUCCUGAGGCCACACAGGGAAGCUCCAAGAUGAUCCUGAGGAGAGCCCGGGUCACCUGUGCCGGAAUUGCCUUCGCCCUCUGCCUCCAGCACCUCGUCAGUGCCAUCGAGGUCCCUCUGGACCCAAAUAUCCAGAGUGAAUUGCCGCAGCCCCCCACAAUCACCAAGCAAUCCAUCAAGGAUUACAUCGUGGAUCCCAGGGAUAACAUCUUCAUCGAAUGCGAAGCCAAAGGCAACCCCGUUCCCAUCUUCUCCUGGACGCGGAACGGGAAGUUCUUCAACGUGGCCAAGGAUCCCAAGGUGUCCAUGAGGAGGAGAUCGGGGACUUUGGUCAUCGACUUCCACAGCGGGGGCCGGCCCGACGACUACGAGGGCGAGUACCAGUGCUUCGCCAGGAACGACUACGGCACGGCCCUUUCCAGCAAAAUCCACCUCCAGGUUUCCAAAUCUCCGCUGUGGCCCAAGGAAAAGGUGGAUGUGAUCGAGGUGGAUGAGGGGGCCCCGCUGAGCCUGCAGUGCAAUCCCCCACCCGGCCUCCCCGAGCCCGUCAUCUUCUGGAUGAGCAGCUCCAUGGAGCCGAUCCCGCAGGACAAGCGCGUGUCCCAAGGCCACAACGGGGACCUUUACUUCUCCAACGUGCUGGCGCAGGACGCGCUGACCGACUACAGCUGCAACGCCCGCUUCCACUUCACCCACACCAUCCAGCAGAAGAACCCCUACACGCUCAAGGUCAAAACCAAGAAGUCCCAUAACGAAACGUCUUUAGGAAAUUCCCCCGCCAUGUACCGCGCCCGAGGGAUCUCAGAAACCACCCCCAGCUUCAUGUAUCCCUACGGAACUUCCAGCAGCCAGAUGGUGCUCCGAGGGGUGGAUCUCCUGCUGGAAUGCAUUGCCUCCGGAGUACCAGCGCCGGACAUCAUGUGGUACAAGAAAGGCGGGGAGCUCCCGGUGGGUAAAACCAAGCUGGAGAACUUCAACAAGGCCCUGCGCAUCUCCAACGUGUCCGAGGAGGACUCCGGGGAGUAUUUCUGCCUGGCCUCCAACAAGAUGGGCAGCAUCCGCCACACGAUCUCGGUGAGAGUGAAGGCUGCUCCCUACUGGCUGGAUGAGCCAGAGAACCUGAUCCUGGCCCCCGGCGAGGACGGCAGGCUCGUGUGCCGGGCCAACGGCAACCCCAAACCGUCCAUCCAGUGGCUGGUGAACGGCGAGCCCAUCGAAUCGUCCCCGCCCAACCCGAGCCGGGAGGUGGCUGGGGACACCAUCGUGUUCCGGGACACGCAGAUCGGCAGCAGCGCCGUGUACCAGUGCAACGCGUCCAACGAGCAUGGCUACCUGCUGGCCAACGCCUUCGUCAGUGUGCUGGACGUUCCCCCCCGGAUCCUGGGCCCCCGGAACCAGCUGAUCAGGGUGAUCCAGAACAACAGGACGCGCCUGGAUUGUCCCUUUUUUGGGUCCCCCAUCCCCACCCUGCGCUGGUUUAAGAACGGCCAGGGGAACACAUUGGAUGGAGGCAACUACAAAGCCCACGAGAACGGGAGCUUGGAGAUGUUCAUGGCUCGGAAGGAGGACCAGGGGAUCUACACCUGUGUGGCCACCAACAUCCUGGGGAAAGCUGAGGCCCAGGUCCGCCUGGAGGUCAAAGACCCCACCAGGAUCGUGAGGGGCCCCGAAGACCAGGUGGUCAAGAGGGGCACCAUGCCCCGGCUCCACUGCCGCGUCAAGCACGACCCCACGCUGCGCCUCAUGGUCACCUGGCUCAAGGACGAUGCCCCCCUGUACAUGGGGAACAGGAUGAAGAAGGAAGAGGAUGGUCUGACCAUCUAUGGCGUGACUGAGAAGGACCAGGGCGAUUACACGUGUGUGGCCAGCACAGAGCUGGACAAGGACUUGGCCAAGGCCUAUCUCACCGUGCUGGCCAUCCCCGCUAAUCGGUUGAGAGAUUUACCCAAAGCACGACCUGACCAGCCCCGGGACUUGGAGCUGACGGAUCUGGCCGAGAGGAGCGUGCGGCUGACGUGGAUCCCUGGCGAUGACAACAACAGCCCCAUCACAGACUACAUUGUGCAGUUUGAGGAGGAUCGCUUCCAGCCCGGAGUGUGGCACGACCACUCCAGGUACCCCGGGAGCGUCAACUCGGCCGUGCUGAGCCUGUCCCCGUACGUGAAUUACCAAUUCCGCGUGAUCGCCGUCAACGACGUGGGCAGCAGCGUGCCCAGCGCGCCCUCCGAGCGCUACCAGACCAACGGGGCGCGUCCUGAAAUAAAUCCAACAGGAGUUCAAGGGGCAGGGACCCAAAAAAACAACAUGGAGAUAACGUGGACCCCUCUGAACGCGACUCAGGCGUACGGGCCCAACCUCAGGUACAUCGUGCGGUGGCGGCGGCGGGACCCGCGCGGGAGCUGGUACAACGAGACCGUGCGGAGCGCGCGGCACGUGGUGUGGAACACGCCCAUCUUCGUCCCCUACGAGAUCAAGGUGCAGGCUGAGAACGACUUCGGCAGAGCCCCCGAGCCCGACACCUACAUCGGAUACUCCGGGGAGGAUUUGCCCAGCGCCCCCAGGUACCUGCGGAUCCGACAGCCCAACCUGGAAAUCAUCAACCUGGAGUGGGAUCACCCCGAGCAUCCCAACGGGAUCAUCACGGGAUACACCCUCCAAUACACACCCUUUAACGGGUCCCGGAUGGGCAGGACGGUGGUGGAGAACCUGUCCCCCAACCAGACGAGGUUCACCCUGCAGAGGUCAGACCCCAUCUCCCGCUACCGCUUCAGGCUCCGCGCCCGCACCCAGGUGGGAGAGGGAGAGAUCCUGAUGGAGGACUCACCGGCGCUGCUGGAUGAAGCCACGCCAAGCCCAGAGGCAACUGGGCCGCCUCCAACUGCAGUGGAGGAAACCAGUCCAGAAACCACUCCUGAAACCACUCCUGAAACCACUCCUGAAACCAGUCCUGAAACCAGUCCUACAACCAGUCCUACAACCAGUCCUACAACCACCCCAACCACCACCGACACCACAACCACAACAACCACCACCACAACCACCACAACCACCACCAGCGCCGCCGCCAGCACCGCCGCCAGCACCAGCGCCGCUGCCGAGAGGGCUCCGGCAGCCACCACCAGGCACGAGUUGGCCGCCAAUGGAUCGUCCAUAUGGGACAUCAGAGCCAUGGCAAACAGUAACUGGGCAAACAUCACCUGGAGCCACAAUUUCUCGGCAGGAACUGACUUUGUGGUUAAGUAUAUCACCAGUAACAAGACAGAGAAAUCAAUCCCCGUUAAGGCUCAGGGCCCAUCCUCGGUGCAGCUGGCGGAUCUGACGCCGGGGAUGAUGUACAAGCUGUGGGUGUUCCCCAUAUGGUCCCACCCCAGCGAGCACUCGUACAUUACCUUUACCACCAGCUCAGCCUACACCAAGAACCAGGUGGACAUCGCCACGCAGGGCUGGUUCAUCGGCCUCAUGUGCGCCAUCGCCCUCCUGGUGCUCAUCCUCCUCAUCGUCUGCUUCAUCAAGAGGAGCCGCGGCGGGAAGUAUCCAGUGCGGGACAACAAGGAUGAGCACCUCAAUCCCGAGGACAAGAAUGUGGAGGACGGAUCCUUCGACUACAGGUCUCUUGAAAGCGAUGAAGACAACAAACCUCUUCCCAACAGCCAGACCUCGCUGGACGGCACGAUAAAGCAGCAGGAGAGCGACGACAGCUUGGUGGACUACGGAGAAGGGGGCGAGGGCCAGUUCAACGAGGACGGCUCCUUCAUCGGCCAGUACACGGUCAAGAAGGACAAAGAGGAGACCGAGGGCAACGAGAGCUCCGAGGCCACGUCCCCUGUCAAUGCCAUUUAUUCCUUGGCAUAGCAAAAGCGCCGGGAAAAACACCCGCAGCCUGAGGGGUUCGGGGCGGGCGGGGGUUCCGCCGGCAGCCGCCGCCGCCGCCGCCUCCGACAGGAAAGGGGAAUCGAGCGAGGACUGAAAAAAACAAAAACAAACAAAAAAAAAAAUAGAGAAAAAAAUUUAAAAUAGCAAAAAAAAAUAUAUACAAAAAAAAAAAACAACAAAGGGAAAAAAAAAAAGAAAAUAAUUCCAACCAACGAGGCAGCCCAGGUGGCCGCCAAUGCCAUUUAUCCUUAGCAAACGAGCCAACGGCAAAGGAUGUGCGGGCCGGGAUCCAGAGUGGGAAUCGGGGCUGAGCUGGAGCAGCUGGAGGGGAGAAGGUGUUCAAGCUGCUCCCCAGUUUGGGAUUACUCCCCAGCUUUGGGGUGUUCCUAAAUUUGGGGCUGCUCCCCAGCUUUGCGGUCGCUCCCCAUUUUGGGGCUGUUCCCCCAGUUUGGGGCUGCUCCCCAGCUUUGGGGUUGCUUCCCAGCUGGGGAUUGCUCCCCAGUGUUGGGGUUGGUCCCCAAUUUUGGGGUUGCUUCCCAGUUUGGGGUUGCUCCUCAGUUUGAGGCUGCUCCUCAUUUUGGGUUUGUUCCCCAGUUUUGGUGUUGUUCCCCAGUUUUGGGGUUGCUCCCCAGUUUUGGGGCUGCCUCAGGGCCAGUCCGGAGGGGCCCCGUGUUGGGCUCGGCUCCCCGAGGCUUUUUUUUGUUCUUUUAGGAGGGAGCUCCAACUUUUUGGGUUUAAUUUUUCCAAGAAGGUUCUGGAUCAGAGGGGAAGGGGGAAAGAAAUCAAAGAAUUUUUGGGAGGGAAGAGGGGUGAGAGGGGCCUGGGCAGAGCAAAGGCAUGGAAGGAGGAAAGGGGUGGAUUUUGGGGUGAAAACACCGGAUUAUUGAGCCGUCCAUCCUCACGGCAGCACCUCGCCCAUAACCUCUCCCAGAAAACCCUCCUUCCUGAAAAAACCUAUGCAGGGAAGAGCGGGUCCCCACCACCUCCCUCAGCACCGGGAUUUGUCCUCGCUGAGGCUGGGAAAGCCCACAGGGAGCUCAUCCCCCGUUCCCACUGAGCUCCGGAGCAGCCCGGGAGGAGAAGAGGUCGUGGAGGAACUUUCGGGAUUUGUGGAAGGACAGGGAAGAGCCUCUCCCCUGCCAAGCCCGGGGUGACAGCACUGCAGAAAAGCCUUUUUUGGGUUUAAAUUUGCUUUGUAGGGAUUUCGGGGGGAGCCGCCCCCCACCCCACGCCUGCUUUCUUUCCAAGGCAACUCCAUAAAUCCAAUGUAGCAAAGAGGGCCUGAAAGCAGGAGCGGGAUCAGAGUAGGACGAGGAGACCAGAAUGAUGAACGGAAAAAUAAUUGUGAGGAUGGAAAAACCCCCUGGGAUCAGGUGGAGGAUUCCCUAAAGGAUUCAGGGCCACACCACAAGGAAGGAGCACCGGACUGGAACCCACACCUCCACAGGCACUGGGAUGAGCUGGACGGACGAUGUUUUUCCUACCAAACCCCCUCCUCCUUUCUGACAGUGGCCUUUCCCCCCGCUCCAGCACUCAGCCAAGCCACCGUGGGACCCCCAUCCCGCCUGGAGACUCCCAGGAUUUCAGCGGCCCCCCCUGAGCGCUCCUCACAUGCCUUACACAGCUUGGGACUUGCCGGGGAGUCACUCCAAGGAUGCUCUUCCCACUCCGCUUCCGCGCCCCCGACGGCCUCGGAUCUGCCUGAGCAGUAGGAAUGGGAUGUCUGGGAGCAUUCCCAGCUCUCCCAGCACGGAUCAGGGUAGAAGGCAGGGAUUCCUGACGGACUGCGUCCCGUGAAUCCUCCCACUUCCUGCACUUUUGAAACCAAAGGUACCUUUGCGAAGAGAGAGAGAGAGGCUGGGUUUCCUUCGGCAAAGAUGGAUUUUUGGAUGGAUUUUCCUUUUGUUUUUUGUUUUGUUUUGUUUUGUUUUGUUUUGUUUUGUUUUGGAGGAUGGAGGGUUUUUUGGAUGGGAUGCAACGGGAUUUGUGAAGCAAUUCUUUCUGCUCUGGAGACAUGUCAGUGACAGGGAUACUCCCACUGCUACGGAUUGUGGAGAGGGACUUUGCCACAUCCUGAAAAGAGCCCGGAGUGGGCCGACAGGAGAGAUGGAUGCAAAUUAAUCCAAUGCAAAUGCCUUCCUUAAAAUAAUAAUUAUCAUUUA